CAGUUCUCACUUCCCCCUUUUUCCAUCUUUCCAUCAGCACUUCUGCUAUCGCGCUUCUGCUGGGGCAGAGGUGUGGCCCAUGGUCAAUGGAAGCCAUACUUCAGUAAUUCCCUUGCUUAUGGAAAUAUGUCUCCUGCAGCCGUUAUCCAAAAAUCACAGGAUCAGCAUCUGCAGUCGCUGGCGAGAGCCUUUGCGGCUCUCCUCAUAACGACCCAGCGACUUAGCUGCAAAGAGAAAGAACUGCAGCAACAGGUCAAAUAUGCACAUGAAGAGUACUUGAAGUUAGCUGGUCGACUUCCUGGCGGACCUGAUGACAACGUCAAUACUGUCUCGAGGAAUAUUCUCGGACAUGAAAAACUCGGUUCUAUGCCAGAACAACAGCCGAAUCCCAAAGAUGUAGUCAAAUCACUAAAACAAUCGGGUUACGUAGGAGGUCAUAUUCUCAAUUCCAUAACGGAGGGACUAGAAAGCUUCCAGUCUGUGGCCCCACUUGACAAUAAUACCUUACAGCUUCUGUCCAAUCCUUGCUCCGUUGCAGCAAAUGCCGGGGUUUUAGAGCAUGACUUCACCACAAACGGAACGCAAGGCGGUUUACGUUGCCCAUUUGCGAAGCCGAAUAAUAUGCCCCCCAAUGAUGAAACAUCUACUGGGGCGCAAGAACCGUCAAGGUUACAGAAUGGUGGUAUCUGUGGACACGAAAUUCUAGAUCCUAUAAAAGCUGAAUUGAGUGACAGGCGUUCCAGUCAAGCAGCAUCUGCAACAUCGUCUUGUCCCAUUCCGCGGUGUCCUAUUAGAUAUAUGAAACAACAUACACCUGAGGAAAUUGCGGAAUAUGUCGAGAAGCAUAAAAAUGAACUACCCCGAAGCCAUACUAUUUGCGUUAGGCGAUAUCAAAGAGACUCUCAAAGCAUGCGGAAAUUGGAUGCGAAGUACGGGAAUCUCGCCAAUAUGAUUCGAGGUCUUGGGGAGAAACAUCAGGCUUUCCUGCCAGGUCAUGCUGAAAGUGAUCAUCAGGCUCCGCGUGCUUCGUCCACUGAACGCGUUGAGAAAUGGGCUGAGGAUGUCAGUUCAACACAGCAAGCAACUCCCAUCGCCGAGAAUGAUGAUACCAAUGAUAGAAAAGGCCAUUUUGAUCGUCCAUUGCGUGAGAUUCGUGUGGGUGAAUCUCCAAGUAGGCCUUGGGGGAUCCAUGUGCCCCUUGAUUACCAACCUGCCCCGUCUGCUCCCCAUUCUCCGACUGCUCCCUCUCGAAUCGAUCAACCAUCGAAUAAGUUGAGUGAACAAAUCCCAGCGGGCGCUUCUACUAUGCGGCCGCCCGGGACGGCCCCAACAGGGCGCUGCCCUUUUGGCCAAGGAGCCGCUCAGCGAAAGACAAACCUGCCAGGAACCGAAAAGAUUCGGGGUCAUGGAGAUACCGCAGGCAUUGCAGACUGGAAUAUUUCUGGUCGUGUUGCUCCAGAGGACAAGGCCAUCGACACUAAUCCGGCCUCACCUGCCGACAUCGUCUUCAAUGGCCCGGUCUUCUUCGGCUACUCAGCAGAACAGGCCGCUGCCUUUUUGCAAGAGCUAAGCGCUUUGUGCAAUAAAUCGUGACCAAGACGAAGUUAGAUGCUAUUGGCGAUACUGUUCACUUUUUGUUUUAUAUGUUUCUCGAUAUUCACCUUUACACUAAUGCGUGAUGUAUGUCUUUGAGCGUUGUUAUGUCAAAUACAACUGAGUCCAUUGGGGAGUGCAUUUACGAUUAAUGACAAAUAUGGCUUUC